CAGCUCGUCUUUAUAUACCGUCCUCCUGCCGCUGAUCCUUCUGCUCCCCAUCAAUUCUAAACUGAACACGCAUACGAAAACGAAUACAAGCCCCAGGUCAGAUCAAUACGAAUAAUGACAACCAGAUACCGAGUUGAAUACGCCCUGAAGGCCCACCGUCGCGAUGCCCUAAUCGAGUUCAUCAAGGGUCUUCUGGCCGUCCCGUUCGUUCUCCACUCGCAGCCCACAGCGUCGAGUAAUGCCUCCGUCAAGGAGAUGGCAGAGGAGGCGCAUAGGCGGUACAGGGAGAUCAUGAGGGAUAUUGAGGGGUUGGUGAAUGACCACAUUACGUGCGAUGCAGCGGAGAAACCGGAGCAUUCGAAACUGCGCUUCCUGGUGCCGUCGGUGGGACGGUUCUUUACACCGCUGCUGCUGGAGAAGGCGUUCGCCGUGCAGGACCAACGGCGGGCGAUCUCGUCGCGGCGGUUUGUGGCACCCAGUUUCAAUGAUAUUCGUCUCAUCCUCAACACCGCACAAAUAAUGUCCCUAGCGACCCUCGACGGCCCCACGAAGCUCAUAACCUUCGACGGAGACGUCACCCUCUACGACGACGGCAAAUGCCUCGAUCCCACGAACCCGGUGAUCGAAAAGAUCAUGUGGCUUCUCGAGCGCAAUCUGUGCAUCGGCAUCGUCACAGCGGCGGGAUACACGGACGGUGCGCGGUACCGGGAGCGACUCUACGGGCUCCUCGAAUCGAUCCGCGACUCCAGCGUCCUCACCGCCUACCAAAAGCGCAACCUCAUCGUCCUCGGCGGCGAAAGCUCGUACAUGUUCCGGUCGUCGCCCACACACGCCGACCUGCUGGAGUGGGUGCCGCGGACGGAAUGGCAGCUCGACGAGAUGCGCUCCUGGUCCGACGAGGACGUCCAGGGGCUCCUCGACAUCGCCGAGAACAGUCUCAAGGACUCCACCGAGGCCAUGCGGCUCGAGGCCACUGUCAUCCGCAAGGAGCGCGCCGUCGGCAUCAUUCACUCGUCUGGCGGGAAGUUCGCGCGCGAGCAGCUGGAGGAGGCGGUGCUGGGCGCGCAGAAGACGCUGGAGCUGAGCGAGGUUGGAAAACGACUGCCGUUCUGCGCGUUCAACGGCGGGAACGAUGUUUUCGUCGAUAUUGGAGAUAAGAGGCUGGGCGUGCUUUGCUGUCAACGCUUCUUUGGUGAUGUGAAGGGGAAUCAGACGUUGCAUAUUGGAGAUCAGUUCCUCUCGGCAGGGCAUAAUGAUUUCAAGGCGAGGAUGGCGGGGACAACUGUUUGGGUUGCGAGCCCGGCAGAAACGGUCGCUUGCCUGGGUGAGCUUAAGGAGCUCAUGGAGAAUGGGCUUCCGGAGUGAUCACUGGAGAGAAAGCUUGAGCUUGGGGGAUCUUUAAUACCAAUUUCAUUGCUUAUGCAUCUUAUGUUUUGUGUUUGCGCUUGAUAAGAUUUAUACUCGUGGGUUGUAUUUAGCCAUUGUUUAUAAUUCAGUUUACGUCGGAAUGAAGUCGGCUAGUAAGCUUCAA